UGUUGUCCCUUCUUACCAGCCAAUCUCAGAUAUUCUUGCAGUGGGUUGCGCCAUUUCACUUUGAGCGAGCCGCCCGAAUAACCUUCACUCUUCGACGCUGUUCCAGAUUCCUGCCGCAGAAUCCAUCAAGCCUCUGGUGACGAUCCAGUUGCCGACAUGAGCACGGAGGAAGCCAUUGCGGGGACCUCGGCUGCAACGGUGUCAGCGUCAGGGGAGCCGGAAGAGGCGGAAGAGGGCGUGCGUGAAAGCCACAGUGCCCUAUCUGUGGGACCCACGUGCCGAAUCUGCUUCAGGGGAUGUUUGGAGGAAGCGCUGCGCCAGCCCUGCAACUGUCGAGGCAGCAUUGGCUUGGUGCAUGCUUCGUGCCUCGAGAAGUGGGUCUCGCAGCGUAGGAACCCACGAUGCGACAUCUGCGCCUUCGCGUACGAGGUGGAAGAACGCUCGAAGUCGUACAAGGAGAUGCUUUGGGACCGGGAAGCCCGCGGUCGUCCUCUAGGCCACUUGUUGCGGGCCGUAGGCCUGGUGCUGUGCGUGGUCUUCCUGCUGCCCCUGAGCUGUGCCUUUGUCGCCGGCCUUCAUUACUCGCUCAUCUCGGUCUCACUCUACGUGUUCAGUGUCGGCCACAGCAUGUUCUGGUUCCGGAGACCCGUGCUGUACUUCAUCGAGUUCUUGAAGACCUCGGUCGAGUGGAAGCGACGCUCUUCCUACCUGAAGCUGGUCCUUCCCGCUCCAUGUGUGCCGAGCGCACCGGAGGCCGCCCAGCCUCACGCACCGCGGCGUCUGCUGGUGUAUGGCGCGGUGUUCUCCCUGAACGUGGCCCUGACGCUGCCUUUGGCCUGGUUGGGGGCCAUGGAGCUGCGCAAAGCGAUACCAACUGUGCUGACCUUCUACGCGUCCGUGUUUCUGAGCCUGCUCUCGAUUGCGUGGAUCCUAAUGCCCAUCGCUUGCUUCGCGAUGUAUUUCAAGAAGAAAAGGAAGCCAGAGACUUCAGAGGUGGUCAUGGAGUCUUAAAUUGUGAAGUUUACAAGAUUAAUAAUGGUAACAGAGGGGCCGGCCUGAAGAAGAAAGAAAAGAGAUGCAAAUUCUUGUUUUUUGUACGCUUUCCAUUUUUACCUCAAGAUUCCAUCGAUAAGCACUCGAUCGUGUGUGUUUUUCAAGCGUUUACUAGAUUUACUUGCACAGUUUAACACAUUACGAGGGAUAUCGAAGAAUGAGGCGUGUGAUGACAUUGCCUUUAUCUAAGGCGAGUGUCUGUAUGUCUGUGAGUGUGCAAUAAAAUGCUCGUCGUUGAAACGCA